CGGCUGAGUGCUUAGUGAGGUUAAAUGUAUUUGUUUUCAUGAAAAAAUAAUUCUUUUAUUUUCAAAAAUCUAAGUAAUCGAGUACCGUCGGUCUAUGCACCGUUCCAUCAUAAACUUCAUGAAAAAAUAAGAUAAACAGUAUUAACAAUAAUCAAUAACAUUGGCAAAAAGUAAUUAACAUAAACUGUUUCGAUAAUAUUUCGAAAUAUUAAAUUAUGUUGAUUUUCGGGGUUACGGCGAGGCGACAAUUGCCUUUUAUAAAACAUUAUCACCAAUUUCGAUAUCUGUCUAGUCAAGUAAAAGCUCAAACUGAAUUGUUAUUUGAUUUUAAAAUGAAAUUACCGGCACCCGUUGAAAAGAAGCCAAAACGUGACGCUUUUGUUAAGAAUCUCUUUGUUGGGAUUUUUGAUCAUGAAUUUCUUACGUACCCGGAACCACAGCAUCCAGAGAGGUAUAAUGAAUUUCAAAAAUGGAUAGAACCCAUUCAGAACUAUAUUGCGACUGUGAAUCCUAAGGAGUUUGAAGACAAGCUUAAUAUACCACCUCAUGUCAUACAAAGAUUUCGAGAACUUGAUUUGUUUGGUCUAAGAAUUCACGAAGACUAUAAGGGCUGGAAUUUACUAAAUGCCGAAUUCAUGCAAAUUCUGGAAAUUGUAGGAACGGUGCCUAGCCUUGGUUUCUUCUUCUUGAAACACAGUGUACCACCUAUAAAUAUUUUUAACAAUUAUGCUACGGUUGAACAAAAAUUGAGAUAUCUACCAAAAAUAGCCAAAGGCGAAGCGUUUGCAACAGUUGCUAUUACAGAGAAUGAAAGUGGUCCUGCGGUAAAUAACUUAAAUACCAUCGCUAUCUUAUCCAAAGAUGAGGGGUACUGGAUAUUAGAUGGUGAAAAAACUUUUGUAUCAAAUAUACAUCAGUCCGAUAUUUUCUUAGUAUUUGGUCAUGCUAUACAAGGUGGUACUGUAGAGAAACGACCAGAGACUAUGGCCACCUUCAUUGUUGAUAAAAAUACCGAAGGUGUACAUAUAAUCGAAGAAAAUAUUGCCAUGGCUGGGUUAAAAGGCUUUAGUACUGGUAGACUUAUUUUAAAAAAUGUAAAGGUGCCAAAGAAUAAUAUGAUUGGAAAUGUAGGAGACGGCGCAAAGUGUCUUGUCGAUCACUUUAGUAAUAGUCGACAUUAUAAUGCGUGCCUAACUAUUCCAAUACUCAAAAACUUUUUAAAUACAUUGACACAAGAUAUUAUAAACAGAAAGCAUUUUGACAAAAUGUUGUAUGAAACAGAGGCUGCCCAACACAUAUUUUCUAAUAUUACCAGUACUAUUUAUUGUAUAGAAAGUGUAUUAUAUUUAACAACAUCGACAAUGGAUAUUUAUGAUGAUCAAGAUCUAAAGUUAGAAACAGCUUUGGUAGAGCAAUUUUGUUUACAAGAAUGCAUGCAAAGGUUGCAAGAGUGUAUAUGGCUUGUUGGUCCACGAUUUUGUAUUAUGACAGAGCCGUAUGAAAAAAUGUUUAGAGAUGCACUUACAAUCAUUAAUUAUGACACAUCGCUACUGGACACAAAAAUUUAUUCGUCUCUAAUGGCUUUACAACAUGUUGGAAUUAAAUUUGGUGACGAUAUAAAAAAAGAAAGGAAUAUUUUAAUGUUUCCCAAAUAUAUGUUUGAAAACAUAUUUUUUAAACGUAAUUCUAUGAACUUCCCAUUGAAUGAGUAUCUUCACCCAUCGUUGCAAGAAUGUGCUAGUUUCUGCAAUAGGAGCUUGUUCAAAUUACAAGAGGUCACAAAGAAUUUUCUAAUACACGAGGGUACUAAUGUUACGCAACGAGAAAUACAGCUUCAAAGACUCAGUGAUAUGGCAGCCCUCAUUUACACUUACAUUGCGGUUUUGGGUAGAGCAUCUAGGUCUUAUUGCAUUGGUAACAGAAAUUCUGAAAACGAAAUAAAAAUAUGUAUAAUACUGGCAUAUAGACUGCAAAAGAAAGUCGAUGAACUUGCUGAUGAAAUUAAUGAUUCGGAAUUUGGUAAUGGUGAUCAUUUAGGUAAUCAGAUUUCAAAAGUAAAUUUUGAUAAAAAAAAUUACAUCGUCGCACAUCCAUUACAAAGGAAUUACUAAUCUAUAAAAAAUCAAUACAUUAGAAUAAUAGUUUUUAAGUUUUAUAUUAG